AUGCCCCCCAGCCACACCUCUUCCAUGGCUAACAAUACCGGGAGCCAGAGCAGCUGGGCUGCUAGCCGGCCUACACCCAACGAGAAGCCCUCGAGAGACGCCCGCCUCGACAAGUUCAACAACGACAAGGACUACGACCUGGCUCAUGGAAUCCAAUCCGGUCAGCGACGGCCUCAGACACUCGAGGGUAAGCUGGGUCAACAUUUUGCCAACCUACCACGAGCGACUACGAACGGACAUUGA